AUGGGCCUGCCACAGAUUGAGUUUCGUUGUGGCUUGAUGAUGAUCCCACUCCUGGCAUCAUUGGGAGUCAAUGCCCUGCAGCCACCAAUGACAACUUUGUCGCGUCGAAAUUUCUUUGCCGUGUCUUCUGUCAAUGCAGCCACAACAUUCCUUCCUCAAAUCUCAAAUGCUGUGCCUCUGCUGAAGGAUGCAGAAGUGGAUCGCAUGAAAUCCAAAAUGAUGAAGGUUUCAGACAACGGUAGUGACAAGAUCCAGAGGCAGCCUCUGGCAUUGGACUUUGCUGUUCUUUUGACAAGGAGCUCGUAUGUAGAGACGGAUCAGUUGGACAUUAUUCCCAUCAACCAAUUGGAACGUGACAUGUACCUGUUGCGCACGGCCGCGUACGAACCAUACAUUCAAAAAGUGAAGGGAGUCAAGCAGGGAGACUUGACCGACCCAAAGUACUUUGACUUCAUGAGUAGCGUUCAAUACAACAUAUUCAAUCGUGCCCUUCAAGAUCCUGAAUUGGACUUUGAAGAAAUGCAGCCAGAUGCAUCCCAAAUGCCGGAUGGAUUGCCUCCCAAACCCCACAAAGUCGUCGACCAACUCGUCAAGACGUACGACCAACGAGUCGGAACCUCCAUCUUGGAUUAUCUUCGUGAUACCUAUCGAGGCACUCCAAUUGCCCUGCAAGAAGCCUCUCCGGCGACAACUGAAUCUCGUCCAGGAGUUGAUCAGGUUCAUGCUGCCCUGAUCCAACUCGUGAAACUCUUCCUGAUCAAUGGAUUUGCCUGGGAGGGUCGAGCGAAGCUCCUCAAAGACGGUGGUGAGGGUAAGCCAGUAAGUUUUCUCCUGUCACUCGAGGCUCCAGCAACGCUUUGGAGUGGCCAGUCGCUUGCAAGCCAGAAGACUUCCCUGCGAAAUGACUUUCUGUCGAAGACUGCGAAACAGCUCGUAGUGUCCAUGGGGUACUCUGUGAAAUCGUCUUACAUCAAGUACAAGGGCGACACAGAGUUGACCUAUCUCACGAUCCAGUAG